CCAGCAGGGAAAUAAAAGUUUUCGGCGUAAAGUCUUGUCCUGGAUUCGCCCCGUGUUCUUUCCGAAGCUAAUGACUUCGUUUCAAAUUGCAGACGAAGAUGAUGUCCACAAAUGCGGUCGCUGCCAGUCGGAGUUCACCUCCUUGGAGGAAUUUGUUCAGCACAAGCUGCAAAAGAUCUGCCAGCGCGCUCCAGAAGCCCUUGCUGCUGCCUCGGCGGGGCUUCUCAACCAAGAAGUACAAAAGGUCGUUCCUUCUGUUGAGGAGUCUAUAACUGUUGCUCAUAUAGUUGUUGAAGCAUCUUCAAUCGCAGAGGAAAUCAGUAAUGCAUCAGCUAUAGUAGGUAGUGGGCACAUAAAAGAAGUCAUUGUUGCAGGAGACCAUGUUUUUGAAAACCCAAAUGGUAGUGUUGAUGGGGAAGUCACUGAAGACCAAGGCAAUCCUGAUGAUCAGGAGCAGGAUAUUUCCACAGAACUGAUAAAGGUUAAGCUUCUGGUUAAUAAAGAAGGGCGAUACGUAUGUGAAUUGUGCCAGAAGACAUUUAAAACGGCCAGCAUCCUCAAAGCUCACAUGAUCACUCACAGCAGCAGAAAGGACUAUGAAUGUAAACUCUGUGGAACUUCCUUUAGAACAAAAGGGUCUCUGAUUCGACACCAUCGGCGUCACACUGAUGAACGACCUUACAAAUGCAAGAAAUGUGGGAAAAGCUUCAGGGAAUCAGGAGCUUUGACUCGGCAUCUGAAAUCUCUGACACCUUGCACUGAGAAAAUUCGCUUCAACAUGAACAAAGAAAUAGUAGUCAAUAAAGAUGAUUUGCCAGCAGAAUCCUGUAGUUCAAACACAGACACAGUUUCAUCAAUCGCGAGUGAAUCCAUUGAGACCUCACCUGUGAUUCAUCUAGUGACAGAUGCAAAAGGCAAUGUUCUUCAUGAAGUUCAUGUCCAAAUGCAGGAACUUCCUGUUGUUGAUGCAAAAUCUCUGGACCAAGAUCCACCGCAUCCUGAGGAGCUGCCGUGUGAAGGGGAAGUGAACAGUGAGAAUCUGCUGAGGCAGGCCAUGAGGAAUUCUGGAAUUGUGAUAGAGAGAGUCGCUGUGGAAGAAAUGCAAAAGCCAGAUGAACCUGCUGUAGCUGCUACAGAAGAACUAGACAAUGAAGUGAUGGAAGCAGAAGAGGAGCCAUGUGGGGAACAGUGUGUUGAAAUAGAACAACCAGAGUCUACAGAUAUCGAAAGAACAAACGGAUGCAAAAGUUAUGUUUGCCCUCACUGUCGUGAAGCCUUCAGUGAAGCUACUUCCCUUGAAACACACAUCAAAGGACACUUAGAUUACAAGCCUUUUAAGUGUGAGGAGUGUGGCAAAGAGUUCACAAAAGGCUAUCUGUUAAAAAAGCAUCAAGAAGUGCACGUGAACGAACGGCGCUUCCGCUGCGGAGAGUGUGGCAAGCUCUACAAGACCAUUGCCCAUGUGAAGGGGCAUCGAAGGGUACAUUCCGAUGAACGGCCGUAUUCCUGUCCAAAGUGUGGCAAGCGUUACAAGACAAAGAACGCCCAGCAAGUUCACUUUCGCACGCAUUUGGAGGAUAAGCCUUACGUAUGUCAGUAUUGCAGUCGGGGCUUUCGGGAAAAGGGCUCACUGGUCCGUCACAUCCGCCAUCACACGGGUGAAAAGCCUUUUAAGUGCUACAAAUGUGGACGAGGGUUUGCAGAGCAUGGCACUCUCAACAGGCACUUAAAGACCAAAGGUGGCUGCCUGCUUGCUUUGAAGGAGGUCGAAGAAGUGAUGGUGUCUGAGGAGAGUCAGUCAGCUGACAACUUAGCUGCAACAGUCAUUUCUGAAGAUCCUCAUACUGUUUUGGUAGAAUUUUCUUCAGUGGUGGCAGACACGCAGGAAUACAUCAUCGAGACUGCUACUGAAGACAUGGAGACCAGUGAAGCUACUGAAAUAAUAGAGGGAACAAGACAUGAGGUUGACAGCCACAUUAUGAAGGUUGUGCAACAAAUAGUAAAUCAAGCAAACUCUGGUCACCAGAUCAUUGUACAGAAUGUUACAGUGGCAGAAAACUCUGAAGUAACCACAGAUGCUGCAGACACAAUCACCAUAGCGACCCCCGAAAGUCUCACUGAGCAGGUCGCUAUGACACUGGCUUCUGCCAUCGGAGAAGGAGCAGUGCUGACCACGGAAGGAAGUAUUGAGACAGAAGAAGCAACGGUGACAAUGGUUGCAUCUGAGGACAUUGAAAUAAUGGAACAUGCAGGAGAGUUUGUGAUCGCCUCCCAGGAGGGGGAGGUGGAAGUCCAGACUGUGAUUGUAUAACCAAACAGCAUGCAGUGAAUGACAGACCUUAAUAUAAAAGUUAGUAUUUUUCUCCCAUUUGGGGGAUUUGAUCAGUCCUAAGUUUGCCAUUAUAAUUGUUCACAGAGCAAGGGUGUGAAUGCUUCUAUAGAUAAGCGGCUUAACAAGAUCAUACAGCCCUGAAAUGUUUUCUGUUUAAAAUGGAAAUAACAGUAGUUAAAAGCUUCUGCAUGGUUAUACUGUGGAAGAGACUGAUAUGUCAUAUUUGACAGUCUAACUCAGUAUUUUGUACAGCUGCCUCAAAUAAAGGACUAUCCUUUGCAAAGCAUUUACCUCUGACCACAGGACAGUAGUGUUCUGGUGCUUAAAUUUUAGAAGAAUUCAGAAAGUGAAGCAAGUAUGUCAUGUCUCAUAAGAGACUACAUAACUUAAUCGUAUGCAUUAAAACAAAACAAGAAAACCAAACCUAAGGACUUCUGGUGUGAUUUCACCACCACUUGAAGACUUUCAUGCCUUUAACCUCACUGCUUUAGUCCUCCUAAGGCAUGGUACUGCAGUUUUUUGUUUUUUUCCUGGACAACUAGCCUUACGUACUGGUCUAUGAAAGAAUGCAUCAUUGUACCCUUGCAAUGCCAAACAGGCUACUCUGAGAGCUAGCCUGUUGGUGUGUAAAGCCAUACUGUACAGGACUACUUUUAAAAUCAUAUACAGAUUUUUAAUUGCAUAUUGUACAGAUUCAGCAUGUAAAUAAAUACAUUUUUAAAAAUAAAGUUAUUUAAAGUUUUUCCUAUAUUUUCACAAUUUCUGCUGUACUGAAUUCAUGACCCAGAGAAUAAUUUCUGGAAGGAGAAGAUAAUGGGGCUAUUUACCAUUGUGCUUCAUCACUGGGCGAAUCGAACAUUCGGUUUUUCACAAAACCGCCACACACUGCUAUACUCCAGGGAACUUUACAGCAGUCUGCAGUGAAAGCCAGAGGUGGAAGAGUUUCAGAAAGUCACCUGCACAGACAUCGUUUACUUCUGUAGGCAGAUUGCCUAGGUGAACUCUGAAAGGCAUUUACCAGUGUCCCUCAAGAAAACAAUGACAGUACAGGACUGAAAGGCUGUGUUAACUGCUAUGCUUUUAAAGUGGCCUAUCUAAUGAGUGCAAGCAGGCAGCCCUAGAAAAAGCCUCAAAACCUGUAAUUUCCCUGCUGCAAAACAGCCAAAAGACAAAGAGAUACCUGAGACAUGGUUGAAUUUCUCACUGCGAACAGAUGCUAAACAAUAGAAUGAAGAUGAAGAAUGCUAGAGGGAUUAAGUUUGUAAUCUCCACAGCUCAGCAGCAAAUUUCUAAUACCUUUCGCAGGAUGCUGAAAGUGUCUCAAUUAGUCUACUAUUUCAAUGGCUCUACACAGCUGGAAUGAAAUCUUAUUUUGAAAGCGUUGAAGAUGGGUGUCAAAAGGAAAGUUAGCAAAUAAUAAGGAGUAGUACUUCUACUAGUCUUUUUCCCAAAAUCAAGGUGUUCUAUAGUAGUUUGAAUUUGUAGUAGAACAACACCGAUUCCACAGGUUAAGAUUCUGCCAGUAACCACGUUUCUUCAGUAAAACGCUUGUAACUUAUUCCACACAUUGCUAACAGUAAUGGGUUAAUAUUUGCCAAAUGUAAAGGUACUUACAAAAAGAUCAAAUGUUUCCUUGAAGAUCACAGCAUUUCUUUGUUAGCUCUUCCCUUGCUAGUGUAGACACAGAAAAAGAUUCAUUUCAGUAGGCUGGACCAGAUCUCUAGCUCCAUGCCAGCAAAUUCACUAUUAGUCCCUCCUCUAACAAGGGAACAGAGGACUGAUCUUAACCUCAGAGCUCUCGUAAAGACAUGGAAUAAAGUAUCUUAAAUAGCUGCUGUGCUGAGGCAUUGUUAAUUAGAAUACUGCAGUCAGCUGUGAGCUGUUUUCCUGCAGAGGAAACAAAAUGUGAAUAAUUGCUAAAUCAGUGCAUUCAGACAUUUACCACUUCCCCAUGUGACACAGCUAAUAUCCCUGGAAGGUCUACUGCAGGAAUUGCCCGUUUACGAUAUACCAAGAUAACUUAGGAGCUCAUUUUGUCUAUUAUACAGUGGUAUAUAUCAUACAGCCAUACAAACAGUAACCAUAAAAAU